UUAUAAAGCAUUGAAUUAUAUGUCAACUGCAGCAACCAACGAUUUCUUCGGCAGCCUCUCUUCCAGAAUUUCCCUUUCUAGAGUUUUGCCCGAUUUGAAUUCUGAUUAGAAGGAAUCAGGGAACCUGUCUCCAUCUCUCACCCACCGUCUCUUCUUUCUGUGUCUCUCGUCUCCUCAAAUUUCUUCUUUGGCUUCGUUUGAGGAUGAAGGGGUCGAACUUGAAGCCAAACGAGUUGGAGAACGGGAACUCUCAGGUUGCAGGCUGGGAGAUGAGGCCCGGAGGGAUGCUGGUGCAGAGGAGAGAGGAUGGGAUUCAGUCUACGGUGCCCUUGAUCAGGAUUAAGAUCUCUCAUGACACUAAUCAGCAUGAAGUUACUGUCCCCGCCCAAUCCACUUUUGGGGAACUGAAGAACGUUGUUGCGAAAGUGACUGGUCUCGCACCAGAAGAGCAGAGGCUACUUUUUCGAGGGAAGGAGAAGGAUGAUCUUGAUUACUUGCACAUGGCUGGAGUUAAGGACAUGGCCAAGGUGGUUUUAUUGGAGGAUCCUGCAUGCAGGGAGAGGAAUAGAGAGCAGAUCCAAAGGAAUCAAGGAAUUGCUAAGGCAUUGGAAACUGUUUCUAGUGUAAGGCAUGAAGUGGACAAACUUCUUGAGAAGGCAAAUGCCUUGAAAUUGUCUGUGUUCAGGGGUACGAAGGUUUCAGACCAAGAGUUUGUGGUUUUGACCGAGUUACUUAUGAGGGAGCUGCUUAAGUUGGACAGUGUUGAGGCAGAGGGUGAAGCGAGAGUGCAAAGGAAAACUGUGUUUUUAAAAUUGCACAAUUGGAUGGCGCGCCUCUGCGUAAUCACAGAAAAGUCUACAUCGAGGUGUACGCCUCACACGAUCUGCUAGUUGCGUACGCCUCAUUAUUGAUGAGGCAUGCAAUAAAGCGUUUUUCACGUCAAAGCUGAGACGUCCACCUUGUAUUUUAUGUACUAGGUUUUCUAGUUAUCUUCAAUUUUGUUUGAACCCAAGCCUUUGGUCUCCCACAUGCCUCCUGUCUUCCUCUCAGUCUCAGAACGCUACCUGCUACACCGGUUGACGUCGUCGACACCGCCGCCGCUACCUAAUCCUGUCGUCAUUGGUGCCGCUGCAUCCAUUUGAUGCUUUGGCUAAAAUUUGCCGCUGCACCUGUUGCCACCACACCAGCGCAUCCCUCUCCUCCUUUUGCUGCUCUGGGCACUGCCGCCUGCUGCACUGGUCAAGGCUACCAUUCAUAUGUUGCAUUAGUUUUGUGGCUUUGCGUUGGGGUUCGUUCAGUGAUGUACUGCUAUUUAUGGACUUACUGCAGUGGUUGCUUAUAUUUCAUAAACACAUACAAAAAUAUUUUUUACAUGCAAGAAACUCUU